CUGUACAUCAUCAUGAGCCUAUGCAUAAACCUCAUGAGCCAAUGCAUAAGCCUCAUGAGUCAAUCGUACAUCAUCAUGAGCCUAUGCAUAAACCUCAUGAGCCAAUAGUACAUCAUCAUGAGCCAAUGCAUAAACCUCAUGAGCCAAUGGUGGAACCCCAUGAACCAAUGCAUAAACCUCAUGAGUCAAUAGUACAUCACCAUGAGCCAAUACAGAAACCUCAUGAGCCAAUGGUGGAACCCCAUGAGCCAAUGCAUAAACCUCAUGAGUCAAUAUUACAUCAUCAUGAGCCAAUGCAUAAACCUCAUGAGCCAAUGUUGGAACCCUAUGAACCAAUGCAUAAACCUCAUGAGCCAAUAGUACAUCACCAUGAGCCAAUGCAGAAACCUCAUGAGCCAAUGGUGGAACUUCAUGAGCCAAUGCACAAACCUCAUGAACUAAUAGUACAUCAUCAUGAGGCAAUGCAUAAACCUCAUCAGCCAAUAGUGAAACCUUUUGAAUCGAUAUUAGAAUCUCAUGGACACAUACCAACAAAGCCAAAAAGUGAAUCUCAUAAACCAGUACCACAGUCAGAGACAAUGCAUGGAUCUGUGCUGCCAAAAGUAGAGACCGUUUCAUCAGUACACAUGCCACAUGAAUCAGGACCAAAACAUGAGGAUAUAAAGUCAGUACUACAGAAACCAAAGGAGUCGGAAGGAAAGACAAAUGGAGAGGAUGAAGGAUCUCAUACACACACAGCUGUUGGAGACCCACACAAACACUCAGAAGAGAAUGAUAAAGGAGAUGGUGAAGUAAAACACAUUCAUAAGUGGGAGAGAGAAGAUGAAGAGAAUAAAAAAGCUCUUCUGAAGUUCUUACUGUCUGGAGGGCAACAGACCGUACAGCUAAAAGGCAUCAUAUAUGACGACUUCAAAGACUGUGAAUGUAAUGGACACUCGAAUCGCUGCAGUUACAUCGACUUCCUGAACAUAGUCACGUGUGUGAGCUGCAAACACAACACGCGUGGUCAGAACUGUGAACACUGUCGCAUGGGCUUCUACAAAAACACCUCUGCAGAGCCUGAUGAUGAGAAUGUGUGCAUCGAGUGUAACUGUAAUACGAUGGGCUCGUUGCACGACCGCUGUAACGGUACCGGCUUCUGUCAGUGUAAAGAAGGCACUACCGGAGUCAAAUGUGAUGACUGUCUCCCCGGUUAUUAUUGGAAACAGGGCUGUUUCGUGAACGUGUGUGACGAUGAGUUACUCUUGUGCCAGAACGGGGGGACGUGUGUUCAGAAUCAGCGCUGUAGCUGUACGCCGGACUUUAAGGGUGUUUUGUGCCAACAGUCGCGCUGCGACGGAGGCAAAAAGUGCAACGGUGCCAGUGCACUCACACUGAGCCUGGCACUUCUGCUCUGCCCGCUCCUCGCCACCCUGCUGGGCUCCACCGCCUCCUGAGAGACUCCUGCUUCCCCCGCGGGCACCGAGAGGGCCAGAUGCUCAGCAUCGCCCUCUACAGGGUGCAGAACACCCUGCAGGACAACAAGAACCAGAAACAAAGACUCUGGAGGAGCUGGAAAUCAAUGGAACUCAAAAUGUGCGCCUUACAUAUACACUGAGGACAAAUAAUACCAAAAACACAUACACUACAAACACACAAUAUCAACAAGAACUCAGCUUCUUGUGCAAUAGCUGCGAAAUGUAAUAGAAACUGCACUUCCUUCACUCUGAUUGGUCUAUGUAGGAGGCGUGUCCUCACAGUGAUCAGAGAUUAUACGCCAUUUUCAGGAAAGGUCCAGCUUCACGUUUUUUUGUUUUUUUUUUAACACUCCCUCGCUGCAGUUUUUAACAUUCGACGAACAUGUAACGAGCGCUCACUGUUAUUCGCUAAAAAGCAAAGAGUAUGAUAUUAUCGCGAUAUUUGUUAUAUCAUGACUAUUUAAGAUUUUAGGCACUGUACUCCUGGUGGUUAUAGGAAUGUCUGUCGGCACAGUUAGAGGUCAUUGGUAUUUAUGAAGUAUUUGGGACAUGAACACACUAUUCAACUCGCAAGAGAAGAUAUCUAUCUAAUCAAAUGGAAUUAUUAUAAACCCACAUUAUUUGACUAUUUUUGGUAGAGAAUAUUUUUUUGUUUUGGAUCUAUAUAAGAGGCAAAAGGUUUUAUUACACUGUAAAGUUUACAUCACACUAUAGUACGAGAAUCUAUAAAGUAGAGUUUACACUGUCAGGUAUUACAGAGGAUGGAUUUACGCACUAAAUGUACCAAACAGAAUUUAUUUAUUAGAUGGCAAACUCUACUGAAAUGUAUGGGAUGGGGUUUAUUACACUUUAUGGUGAACAGAUUUACAAAACUAAAAGAACUGAAUGAAAUUUGAUGACACUGUAAACAUUACAGUAAAUGUGACUGUUACUUGG